GUCGAUUUUCAGCAAUCACACAAAUCGAUGGAUGGGUCGCAGCAUCGACUUCGAGUGGCGCUGAAGCCUCAUUUCCAUCGCUUGCUCCAGCAAGCUGACCUCAUUCGUCACACGUACGUACUUCGAUGGCAGCAGCUAUCCGGAGCUAUAAGGUCGACCAUGGGAGACUUCCGACGGUAGGUCAGACUACUCGUCAACCAAGGAGAUGACAACGGCCAACCCGUUCUCAACCUUCAAGGAAUACUGCGCUAGCGUCGAGAUUUUGCUUCAGCAUGGGACUUCUCGCCAGCACUUUCAGUAUUUGUUUGUCGUGUAUGCUGUGACCAACCCCGACGGCAUCACGCGGUCCGAGUUGUUGGCGCUCAUACAAGAUCACGUCGACAUGAACAACGAAGACGCUCGUUUCUUUGAAAAGACGUACACAUGGCUCAAGAAGCACUUUGCAUCCACCACCGCGGGCCAAUCCUACGAUGCUAUCGCCACGUUGCUGGCAUCACAUCCCCAGAAAUUGCUGGACCACGUGCACAUUAACGUCGACCGAUUUCUGGGAAAAGUUGAAGCCAACAAUACUGUGCACUGCCUCCUCCCCGACGACUUUGUCACACUCAUCCAACAGGAUUAAACUACAUAUAACUGUAUCCCAAGUACUACAAAGUACAGUCGACCCAUGCAUAAGAUAGAUACACACAUCUUCAACCG